ACACACUUUUUUUCCUUGUUUUGAACACUAACAACAAGGUACUAAAAGCAAUCAUUAAUGUUAGGUUUUACCCACUAGCCUAAACCUCAGGUCCGUAACUCCGAACCUCAGGUCCGAAGAUUCCAAACCAACCCGAACCUCUGCCAAAACUCCGAACCUUCACCACUCCAAAAACAAAAAGAACCAAAGCAAGAGAGAGAAAAUAGACAAUUUCUAGAGAGAGAAAAAACAAAGAAGAAAGAAACUGAUUCAUUUUCUCUAGAGAGAGAAAGUAGUUAAUUUCUAGAGAGAGAAACAAUGGUUCAGAUCGCAAAGAGGAAGAAAGGAAGGCCGUCGAAGGCGGAUCUAGCUCGCCGCUCCGCCGAAUCUCAAGCCGCCGCAACGGAAUCCGAUUCCCGGCGAAGUCUCCGCCGCAAGAACGUGAGGUACAAUAUAAUUGAUUACGAUGGUGAUUACAUCGAUGAUGAAGAAGAUGAGAGGAGGCGCGAGAAGAAGAAGCUCAAAUUGAUGGCAAAACUACAGCAGGUUGAAGGGGAAGAAGAGCAGCAAGAAUUGGAAGAUCACGCAACAAUGGAGGAAGAAGAAGAGUGUGAUGAAAUUGAAGGUGGUGAAGAGAAUGAAGAUGCUGAAGAAAAACAUGAAGAAGAUAGUGUGAUAAAGGGCACAAAAGUGGAAUCAAAAGGGCUCCACUUUGUUUCUGUUUCAGGAAUUCCAGCCAAUUAUCAAUAUGGGAUUCCAUUGCCUGAUAGGAAGAUUUUGGAAGUGAUCCUUGACAAGCUACAGAAGAAGGACACGUAUGGUGUGUUUGCAGAGCCGGUUGAUCCGGAAGAGCUUCCUGAUUAUCACGAAGUGAUUGAGCAUCCCAUGGAUUUUGCCACAGUCAGGAAGAAGUUGGCAAAUGCAGCUUAUCCUACCUUAGAACAAUUUGAGAGUGAUAUAUUUUUAAUUUGCUCAAAUGCAAUGAAAUACAAUUCACCAGAGACUGUAUACCAUAGACAGGCACGAACUAUACAAGAACUUGGGCGAAAGAAGUUUGAGAAGUUAAGGAUUAAAUUUGAACGUACUCGGGUUGAGCUAAAUUCAGAACUGAAAACACGGUCUAAUUCUUUGGUUAAGAAGUCAUUGAAAAAGCUACCAGGUUGUGCCUCACAAGAAUCUGUUGGCUUUGAUUUAUCAUAUGGAGAUGUACAGCCAACUUCCUAUCCAAUGCAAAGUGGUAGCUAUGAGAGGCAUGGAAACAUUGAUGGUAUUGUGACAGGGAAUGCUUUCUUGAUUGAUGCAAAUCAAGAUAAAGCUGAAGAUGUUUUCUCAGGGAAGAAUAUGCUCUCUAAGAUUGGAAAGAAGUCAUCUUUGCUUGAAGACAAUCGUCGUUCAUCUUAUAAUAUGUCCAAUCAACCAAUCACUAGAUCAGAUUCAACAUUUAUGACCUUCGAGAGUGGAACGAGACAGCUGGUUACUGUUGGUGUCCAUGCUGAAUAUUCCUAUACUAGGAGUUUGGCUCGUUUUAGUGCAUCUCUAGGACCCAUUGUUUGGAAAAUUGCUUCCAGCAGGAUUCAACAGGCACUUCCUGCAGACUGUAAAUUUGGCCGUGGCUGGGUUGGAGAAUAUGAAGCACUUCCAAACCCAAUACUUAUGCUUAGUAAUCAUCUCCAGAAAGAAACUGGUUUGAUUAUGAAAUUGCACGGUGACAAAAAUGGUAAGGAUGUAGAAGCCAAAACUGAACAUCCUGUAAAUGGACGGAUGCUUGAGCAAAAACAUUCUUCAGAUUGUCCUACCAGUUGGCCUGCAUCUGAAGGAAAUCCUUCUAUUGGUUCUGCUGGAAUGAAUCCCAACACUCCUCUCAACAUCCCCAAUCAGCAGAAUGCCCAAUCUAGGAAUUUUGGCAAAUCUAAGAAUAAUAGUUUGAAUAAAGUGGAGCUGAAAUCUUUACCCUCAAGUAAUCAAAAUAAUUCCAGUCUGGUUGCAAAGUUUGCAAGUAAUACUCCUAUAGCAGAGUCGAAGCACCAAGAGAUGGCGCCUAGGAACUUGAACACUUUGCCAGCUACAACUUUCAAGCAGCCGGAUACAAAUGAAGUUGGUAGUGGAGAAUUACCUGAUAGAAACGUCAUGAAUACAAGCUUGAAUAGACGGUCAACUGGUUCAUCAUCUGACAUUGCAUCAAACCAAGCAAUCAGAACAGGUCCUUUUGUUUUCCAUGGACAAGAGCAGGGUCUCACUGACCCAGUUCAGUCGACGAGAAUGUUCACAGAAGAGGCUCAAAAGACCCAGACUUCUUCUAACCCUUCACCAGUUGACACUCUGCCAGAAAUGCCAUCAGCUCCAUCUGGACAAAGAGAUGCCUCGGGCAAUGCUUCAGCGGCAGCUGCUCAGGCAUGGAUGUCUGCAGGCGCAGGAGGUUUUAAACUAGGACCUGAGAAUACUGCUUCAUCCAAAAAUCAGGUUUCUGCAGAUCCUCUUCAUAACUCAACGAGGGAGUUCCAUCAGCAUAUUUCACGAAUUCAGGGUGAGUUUCCUUCUGGCGGAAUGUCGGUCCAGUCUAAUAAGAACAAUUUUCCAUUUAAUUCACCUAGACCUCAACCUAUUCACACAAGUUCUGUUUCACAGUUUCCCAACCGACCUAUGGGUUUCCCUCAAUCAACAUCCGCAGACCAUCCUAGAUUUCAAAUGCAGUCCCCUUGGCGAGGCCUCAGUCCUCAAAGCCAACCGAGGCAGAAACAGCAAACCCUUCCGCCUGACUUGAAUAUUGAUUGUCACUCUCCAGGGUCACCUGCAAAGCAAUCCUCUGGUGUUGUUGAUUCACAGCAACCAGACCUAGCCUUGCAACUAUGAAGUCUCAUUUGUGUCUUGGUUUGGAAGUUUCAACUGGAAUUGGACUGGUGGAAUUUGCAGCCCCUGUUGGAUGCUGAAUUUUGAUCCUUAAAGACUCAAAUAAACGUGACAGAAAGCCAACUUUGCACAAGUCGGUCCUGAAUCAAAGAGUUUGCAAGUUCAGAAGAUGUUAGUGGAUAUGGAUAAAAUAACUUAACGACUUGCCAUCUUUUCGAAAUGACUGACUCUGGGCAGCAAUCUCCACUGCCACUGCCGCCGCCCUCCCCGGAGAUUGAGCCAUAAUAAAUGCUGCCUGACAAUUGAUUAUGAUCAGUAGGUAGUAGGCAAAAAAUGUUGCUGAUGCCUUGUAUAUUGUAUACAAAUUGAUGAAAAUUCAGUUGUCUAAUAUUUCUUUGAUUUGAUGAUUAUUCUGUAUCUGUACUACUGUUACAUCUGUAUUAGAAUUGGUAGUAGGGCAUCAUAAUUAUUUAAUUAUUAAUUUGUACA